AUGCUUCAGGAGGGCAUUACACGAAGUUCCACAACCUUGAGCAAACUGGCCAGCAAACUUCGCAAGGUGUGCAAAUCUGCCAUGAAAAGAAUGAGGAGAGAUAAAAGGCAGAGAAUCGGAAGCACACGGGAAGUUGUAAUGAUUGAUGAAAGCAAGUUUGGUCACAAACGCAAAUACAACAAGGGAAGAAGCAGUAACCGGAAUUCCUGGGUGUUUGGGAUGCUGCGUGUUCAGAAUCAGGGGAGGAGACCUGUGUUACGCAUUGUGAAGAACAGAUCCAAAAGACACCUGACGCCCAUCCUGAAGAAGUAUGUGAAGCAUGGGAGCACAAAAGUUUCUCAGGCAAUCCCUCAGGAAGGAGCGGGAGUAACCUCGUUUCCUGAGUGCCUGGAAGAGGGUCUUUUUUGCUUCCCAGAAGUCAUCAGGCCUGCUGGUGUCUCAAUGUUGGUGUACAGGCUGUCUAUGUCCAUGGUGAAGAGGAAGCAUUCAGGUGGCAGGGUGUUCUCUGUGGCAGUGCAAGGGGGAAGGGGGACAACGUACCCGUAUCUUUUCUGGUGGAAUCAGGUGCGGUCCAUGACCAGUAGGUCUCCCGUGUCUGGACCAGGGUGCCACACCCCCCCCAACAGGUCCCCGGGGGCCCCGGACCAGCUUUGCGUCAAACCGCUUCGGAUCACUCCCAGAGUCGGCGGGCGGGUCCGUAGGGGCGGGGCCACAGCCCCCAGCGGUCACCGUGGGCCUCGGACCAACUUCGCGUCAAACCGCUUCGGAUCACUCCCAGAGUCGGCGGGCGGGGAUUCCAAGGGUCAAGACCCAAAACUGUUUGGUCAUUUGGUGCGGCUCGUCGAGGCGACCCACCAGGUCAAGUUUGGUGUCGAGUCAAUUUUUAAAUGCCAAGUUCCAGGUUGUGGGAAAAGUGUUAAGCGGCUGGACCGCCACCACACUGAGGUCGACCUGGACAUUGAUCCCGAAAUACUCAGGUCUACUUUGGCCAGUGCCAAAUAUGAGUACGUUCUGGGCAAGUUGGCGGAGCUCCGGUCAUCCAGGCCAGCAAUACCCAUGACAACGGUGCUGGACAUCGGUUUCCAGCCAGGCUUGGGUGUCCCUCCGGUUCCCGGCCCUUCAUCACCCACCCCAGAGUCGCAAUCCACCCCAGAGUCCCGACCCGGCCCUUCAUGCCAGCUCUCCCCGGCAUCACAGCUCGCCCCAUGUGCUGAUCCGGAGGAAGAAGGUGACGAUGGAGAGCUCUGCAAUGACCCCCGCUGUGCCAAGCUGCUCCGCCAAUACAAAGAAAAGCUCCUUGCUGCAGAAAAGGCUGCUCAGGGACCGGUGGCAUGUACGGGGCCAUGCACCAACCCUGAGUGCCUUAUUAAGGAUGGCGAACUGGCAAAAUUAGUUCGUCUUUUUAAAAGCAGCCCAUCCCUUAAGACGAGGAAAAAGUUUUCUCGGCGCCAGGAGUUUGCGAAGGGUGACAAUCCAAAGUAUGAGAAAAUGCUCAUCAAGUUCUCGAGCUUCUGCAGUGGCUGCAAUCCUUCUGCAAAGAAGAAAGACAAUGUGGCCACUGCAGUGUCUCAUGUGAGACGUUUUUUAAUUUUCGUCGGGCAGGGGAAGCUUCUGAGAGGGGACUUCUCCUUCCUGAAGGAGUCGUCCUGCAUUGGGAAUUGGACUACAAUGCUGGCUGAGGACAAACUGAAGUCCACUACAAUUAAGAUCCAUCUAAUAAACUUGAAAAAGUUUCUUAAUUAUCUUUCACACAUGCCAAUAAGUGAAACCAAACUUAGUGGGAUGGACUUCAGGCACCUCCAGCUUGAAAUCCAAGCCCGGCUGAAGGACCUCUCUGUGUCUGUGACUACUCACAGACAGAAAAUCCGCAAGCAGCUUCGACAAAACAUUGUGUCUAAAAAGGACCUGAGGGAGUUCCGGGCAGAGGUCCGGAAAUUGCUUCAGAAGAAACUAAGAGCACUGCAGGGUGAUCCAAACUGGUCAACUUUGGAGCAGGUGUUUGGCCUGCUCUCAGGCUACUUCAUCUCGUUUUCUGGGCACCGCCGGGGGGUCCUCCAGAACAUGCUGGUUUCCGAAGUCCAGGAGGCCGACUUCGAGGGCACCAAGGGCAUCAUAGAGGUGCAGAGCCAUAAGUCGGCCAGCACCUAUGGCCAUGCCCAGUUAUCAAUCACCCAAGAGGAGUACUCUUGGUUUACCAGCCUCCUGGACAUUCGUGAGGGGCUUCCCGGCGGUGAAUCGCCAUACUUCUUUUUCAACAGGGCUGGGGGGCCUUGCAAAAGGCUGCCCGGUAUGUUCCAGACAGAAUGGACCAGGAUGGGGUUCGGCGGGAUUUUUACCUUCAAAAAUCUGCGAACCUCCGUCGUCCAUCAUAACAAGGACAUCAGCCCUAAGAAGAGGCAGCGCAUUCACAGGGCGAUGUGCCAUUCUGAGGCAGUGGCCUCAAAAUUUUACACAGCACAGCCAUCUGCUGUUGAGGCCGCCGAGGUGCGCGAGUUCCAAGAAGGCCCUGAUACUUCCCCUCCCAGGCCAUCAACAUCUCUUCACACAGAUGAGCCCUUGAGCACUGUGAAGAGGUCUAGGAGGAGGCUUUUUGUCAGGAGCUCUUCCUCUUCGUCCUCUUCCGAGAUGGAGUUCCUGGAGAAGGGAUACCGGUCCGAUGUCUCCGGGGCUUCAUCCGAGUCGAUUCCAAUCCAAAGUUCCUCCCAAAUGGUGUCCUUGGAUACGGCCCCCUCCAGGGAUCCACUCAUUUUGCAGAGCCCUGUCAAGCCUCUCCUGUCCACUUCCAAUUACCACAUCAUUGGCCAGGAUCCGUCACCUGGCCACUGCUACCUGGGACAUCCAAUUAGGGUUCAUGUCAAUGAUGUCCCACUCAUCACUAGCCAGACAUCCCCGAGGGUGAAGCUGGUCCGCGUGGACGAGGGGCGUCACAAAAUUGUCACCAGCAUAAACAGCAGCAGUGACGAAGACAAUGUUCUGUCUUCAGAAGUUAUUCCUUCAUUCACUUUCUAGUUUUUUUUUUAUUAUUAUUUUGUAAAUAUUUUUGAAAAAAAACAUUAAAUGUUCUUAUGAAGUUAAAAAAAAAAAAGUAA